AAAAAAUGACGUUGCCAACAACAACCAACCAUCAUCAAUGAUCAAUCCAGAUGUUACUUAUCAUCAAUUUGAUUUUUAAUUCUGAUCUGAUCUCCGGAUUUGCUUAUCUUCAACCCAUAUCCGAGAUGAAGGACUGGGACGGCGUGCCGGUGGGCUGUGAGAGACUACACACGGCGCUCUGCGAGUGCCACGGGCGACUCCUGUAAAGGCCAGCUAGGGAUUCGACGUGUCUACACCUGAACCGAGCCCUGGCAGAGUGCGUAGCGUCGGUGGCGUGUCCUGAAGAAUCGGAGGCGGUGUGGAGCCUCUGCGGCAGUGGAGGGACCCGGCUGAAGCGGUCCCAAUACCAACAGGCUCAGCUGUCCCUCACUGUUUCAUCCCAUUGUAUGCGCAUAUGAUAUGACU